CAGCGAACCCGACUGAAAGUACACGCAGUGCAUCAGAUAGGAGCUCUGCCGAUGUAGCCGGGAUAUUCAGCCCAGAUCAACCUCCGGACACAAGUCCAGAAGAAAUAUGCCUUUACACAGCUGAAUCCCGAAUUCAAGAAGGUGCUGAGAAGGGAAGCAACGAUUCUCUCUGGUUUGAAGACUAUAAACCUGUGCUGACUAGAAUACAAGACAUCAACCUUAACUACUUCAAACUCAGCACAGAAGGAUGCACUCUGUUAGCCGACAUCGUCCUCCAGUGAUGUGAAAACUGGCUCAAGAUGACUCUGCUGACAGGAGAAGGUUCUGACUACGACUACAGCGCUCUCAGCUGUGCCUCGGACACCUCCAUCAACCAACGCCCCUUCACGGAGAGCGAGGUCGUCAAGGGAACGUUUUACCAAAGAGCACAGCUGAUCUCCCCAGGGAAGGACAUCUACAGCACAGUGCGCCCUGGAGACCGGAAGCAUCACGCCAUCAUAAACGUAGGAGGGAUCAAGUAUCUUCUGCCAUGGACCACCUUAGAAGACUUCCCUCUGACCCGACUUGGACAGCUCAAGUUCUGCACCAACUUUGAUGAGAUCAUGAGCCUAUGCGAUGACUACGACGUAACCUGCAACGAGUUCUUCUUCGACCGGAACCCAGGAGCCUUCCGGACCAUCAUGACCUUCUUGAGGGUAGGAAAGCUGAGGAUGCUCCGCGAGGUGUGCGCCUUGUCUUUCCAAGAAGAGCUGCUCUACUGGGGGAUCGAGGAGGACAGUCUGGACUGGUGCUGCAAGAGGAAGUACCUCCAGAAAAUCGAGGAGUUCAACGAGAUGUACAAGAGGGAGGAGUUGACGGAGACCGAUCAACCAUGCGAGGUUCCACCAGUGACCAGGCUCGGGCACUGCAUGGGGAAACUCCGAGACAUGGUGGAGAGGCCACAGUCUGGGCUGCCUGGAAAAAUCUUUGCCUGUCUGUCUGUGCUGUUUGUGACAAUCACUGCAGUUAACCUGUCCAUAAGCACCAUGCCGGCUCUGAGAGAAGAAGAAGAGAAUGGCGAGUGUUCACAGAUGUGCUACAACAUUUUCAUUGUGGAGAGCGUUUGCGUGGCUUGGUUUUCCUUAGAAUUCACUCUGCGCUUCAUCCAAGCACGGAGCAAAUUUGAUUUCCUGAAAACACCCCUGAAUCUCAUUGACAUCUUUGCCAUCCUACCCUAUUACAUCACCUUGCUGGUCGACAUCACCUCAGCAGACGAUAAAAAGCCGGGGUCUGGCAAUAAUUACCUGGACAAGGUCGGCCUAGUGCUACGUAUCCUCCGGGCCUUGAGAAUCUUAUACGUGAUGCGACUUGCUAGACACUCCCUGGGCCUUCAGACGCUAGGACUCACAGCGAGACGUUGUACCAGAGAGUUUGGCCUACUACUGCUCUUCCUGUGUGUGGCUAUAGCGCUUUUCUCCCCUCUGUUAUACCUCAUUGAAAACGAAAUGUCAGGCUCUCAAGACUUCACAAGCAUACCUGCCUGUUACUGGUGGGCAGUGAUCACCAUGACAACGGUAGGCUAUGGAGAUAUGGUUCCCAGAAGCAUUCCUGGCCAGGUGGUGGCCCUAAGCAGCAUUUUGAGUGGAAUUCUGCUGAUGGCCUUCCCUGUGACUUCUAUCUUCCACACUUUCUCCAGGUCCUACAUAGAGCUGAAGCAAAAACAGCAGAGGGAUAUGCGCAGACGAACGCAUUUCCUUUUUAAGACCAAGUCCCAGCUUAGCGACAUUUCUCUGGAGAGUGACAUUCUGUUCCACAGUGUGUCUUCUGAAAUGAGAGAUAAUGACUGAGAACAAGAACUGUACAUGUAUAUAUUUUUUUGCAUUAAAUUGAGCCUCUAAUAUCCUAAAUAAUGUGAACCAGGCAGUGUUGAACUAUCACUGUGAGCGACGAGGGUGAAUUAUUGACCUCUUUAUUAAAUGGCCAUUAUAAUGGGUCAAUAAUAACACAUAGCACCUAUAAUGGGUCAACUGCUGACUC